AACAUUACGGGAGCGCGAGGACGAGGGAGAAAAGCUGCUUCAAACUCGACCAUACGCUUAAAAAGGACAGUGAAGGCACCACAGUCACAGUCAGGUUGCCUUUCGUCUGUGGAGGACACACACGGAGCUCCAAAUCAAACAUGAACGCCUCUGUUAUUGUCCGAAGAUUAGCAGCCCUGUCAGGAGCUUCGGCGGUGACAGCAGGGGCGUACGGUGCUCACGGUUUCAAAAACACUGACCCUGAUGACUACCAGAUAAUGAUUUUUGAAACUGCCAACAAGUACCAUUUCUACCACAGCCUGGCACUGCUGGGUGCUGCGCACUGUGGCAAACCUGCUCUGGCUGGUACACUCCUCAUAGCUGGCAUGGGGAUGUUCUGUGGCUCCCUGUAUCACCAGGCUAUGACGAAGGACCCCGCUCUACGCAAGGUGGCUCCCAUAGGGGGCGUGGCUAUGAUUGCUGGCUGGGUGGCCAUGGUUCUCUGAACUGUCCCAGCUCACGUCUCAUCCGCCAUGGUGGGACGUUAAACUGUCUAAUUACUCAUGGAUGAGCAGGAAACCUGUACAAGUUGCACUAAAGUGACUAAUUAAUAAUGUCACACAUGCAACCGCUCCCUGUUAAGGUUGCAUGUGUCAGCAGGUGAUAAGGACACGACUUGAUUAUCACGUUAAGCCAGUGCUGUUUGUUUGUGACUGCUGCCGCUUGGAUGUUUUCAGUGACGCUUGAUAAGCAAAUGAAAAGAAAAGUUCAAUGUAAUGUUACUUUUUGUACUAGAAAAGAAAAUCGCUAAGUGAAGAGAUAUUCCCUUUUCUGUGCAUUUGUUUUCAGCUGUGAAUUAUACACUUUUAUUUCCCUGCAGCACUAAAUCCAAUUUAUAUCUGACAAUGUAUCUAUUCAUUCUGUGUGUGUUUGUUUUGGCAAAUGCAAAAUGUAAAAAUGAAGAUAGGAAUAUGUGAGAUUUAAAAUGAGCACUCUUUACUACAAGCUGUUAUGCUGCUGUACUCUUCCACCCCAUUUCAAAUUGACUCCUCAAGUAAUCAGCGCACACUGUAUGUGCACACACUAUAUUCAGUGCGUCAACCCAUUUGUAUUUUUCCAUCAAUAACAUAACCAAUUUGGUGCACUCUCAUUUUCCUGCCUGACUCAAAGGGUAUCCGUUCAAUGCUGCAUGGUAUGGAUUGCUUAAAUUUGAUUAUUUGAGAAUAAACUGGAUUUCGGGGCUGGAAACCCUACAUAUACAA